AUGCAAUCUUCUGCCGCAACUCCCUCGGUGGAAUUAAGUUCUUACAGGGAUCAGCAUUUUAAGGGUUCCAGAGGAGAGCAAGAAAGACUUUUAAGAGUUUCUAGUACGUUAUAUGUAGGUAAUUUAGCUUUUUAUACGACUGAAGAACAAAUAUAUGAAUUAUUUUCUAAAUGUGGAGAUAUUAAAAGGAUUAUAAUGGGAUUAGAUAAAUUUCGAAAAACACCUUGUGGAUUUUGUUUUGUUGAAUAUUAUCUAAGAUCAGAUGCAGAAUGCUGUAUGAGAUAUAUUAAUGGAACAAGAUUGGACGAUAGAAUAAUAAGAACAGACUGGGAUGCAGGAUUUGUCGAAGGUAGACAAUAUGGAAGAGGAAAAACAGGCGGACAGGUGAGAGAUGAAUACAGGACGGAUUACGAUGGUGGAAGAGGAGGUUAUGGUAAAAUAGUACAACAAAAAGCAAUCGGAGUCAUGGGACCCGGCAACGUAGAACACAAUACAAAUUCAAACUACAAAUAA